AAAAAUACUAAAUCACCAUUGUCUCAAUUAAUUACACCACCAAACAUUUUCGUUGAAAUUCUCUUCUCAAUUUCAUUUUUUUCUAUUUUUUUUUAUUUGAAGGAUGAGUUAAAAAGCCAACACGGGUUUUGUUCAAAGGAAGGAUCUUGACACAUGUACUAAAAGCACAGUUGCAGUAAAUUCAAGUUCUUUGUGUUUCAAAUGGCUGAUCUUCAAGAGAGGAUGUCACUCUCCUCAUCUUCAUCCUCCUCCUCCUCAUCAUCAUCGUCUUCUCUGUCACUAUCAACAAUGCCAAUAGAUGGAGAGCUCUGGAUGGUUGCCGAGGAAAGGGCUCAGGAGAUACUUAACGCCAUCCAACCUGUCUUUGUUUCAGACAAAAGCAGGAACGAGAUCAUCGAUUAUGUCCAGACCCUUGUUAAAGAUCGUCUUGGAAUUGAGGUCUUCUUGUUUGGCUCGGUGCCACUAAAAACAUAUCUACCAGAUGGAGAUAUUGAUCUGACAGUCCUAACUCCUCAAGAUAAAGAGGAGGACUUGGCUAACGCAUUGUGCAAUAUGCUUAGAGCCGAAGACAAAGAAUCUGAUUUCCAUGUGACUGACGUUCAAUACAUCCCAGCACAGGUUAAGGUCAUAAAAUGCAGUAUCAGGAACAUUGCUGUAGACAUCUCCUUCAAUCAAAUGGCUGGACUCUGCGCUUUAUGUUUCUUAGAGCAGGUUGACCAGAUUUUUGGGAAGGACCAUCUGUUCAAGCGUAGCAUCAUCUUGAUCAAAGCUUGGUGCUACUAUGAGAGCCGCAUCCUCGGCGCCAACACUGGAUUGAUUUCGACUUAUGCAUUGGCAGUACUAGUCUUGCAUAUCAUCAACAUCUCUUAUUCAUCACUCUCUGGCCCUUUAGCUGUGCUGUUUAAGUUCUUGGAUUACUAUGCAUCAUUUGAUUGGGACAGCUACUGUGUAACUGUCAACGGUCCAGUCCCCAUAUCUUCUCUGCCUGAUAUGCCUAGUAAUGACGCUGAAGUUGUCCUGAACGAGAAGUUCUUCAGAGAGUGCAUUGAGUUGUAUUCGGUUCCAACUAAAGCUGUUGAAGCAAAUGGUCAUUACUUUCCUGUGAAGCAUUUCAACAUAGUGGAUCCUUUGAAGCACACUAACAACCUCGGCCGUAGUGUGACAAAAGGCAAUUUGCAACGUAUAAGACAUGCUUUUACUCUGGGAGCUAGGAAGCUCAAAGAUGUGCUCUCAGUGCCUGGAGAAGCCAUGGGAUGGAAACUGGAGAAGUUCUUUUGUAGCUCGUUGGAGAGGAACGGCAAGGGACAGAGACAAGACGUGGAGGAGCCUGUCGUGGCGUUUGGCACUGGGAGAGCAGAAGCGUCUGAGCUCAGAGGAGACUUUGAAGGAUACUUCAAGAGUCUUGUUUAUGGGAAAGGGUUUCACGGAGAGACUCAGCAUAAGUGGAUCCCUCAGGGCCAGGGGCAAGACCACACAAGUUCUUGGGACAUUGUCCGUUGGUUUGUGGCCGGACAAAAGAAUGAUUUCCAUCGGAGGAAUAUGAAUGGUUCAUCAAACUCGUUGCAGAACAUGAGGAGAUCAAGAGGGACAGGCACUUACAUUCCUGAAAUGAGUCAGCAAUCUUAUACAGAGAGGUUCAGUGGCAAACCGAGCACGGUGAACCCAUUGCCUUCAGCAUCUCAGUCUCAACUUGUCAAACAGAAUAUUUGAAUUGGUUUCUUAGGUUUUGUCUCUUUAUGUUUACCAACAGAAAACAAUGACAAGAGUUUAUUUUAUUUUUUUUGUUAUGGUGCUAAAUGUGAAGUUCCAGAGGUUAAAAGCAUAUGCUUCUUUUUAUUAGGA